AUGGCGCAGGCGGACAUCGGGCAGUUCUUCGCCGAGCACGACAUCGUGCCGGUGCUGGUGGACCGGGCGCCGCAGUCGUUCGCGAAGGUGGUGUACCGCGGGAAGAAGCUGGUCGACGCGGGGAAGGAGCUGUCGCCGACCGAGGUGCGCGAGGAACCGAAGGUCGAGUGGUACGCCGACCCGACCGCGCUGCACACGCUGGUGAUGAUCGAUCCGGACUCGCCGAGCCGGAUGGAGCCGUCGAACCGGGAGUUCGCCCACUGGCUGGUCGGCAACAUCCCGGGCCGGCAUGUGCAGAACGGCGAGACGCUGUUCCAGUACGUGCCGGUUUUCCCUCGCUCCGGCGUCGGCUUCCACCGGUACAUCUUUCUCGUCUUUCGCCAGCAGUCCUGGAACGACUAUUCCGAGGCACCGCGCGCGUCAAGCAACAACCGGACGCCGAGGGUGCGCUUCAGCACGCGAGAUUUCGCUCGCCGGUACAGCCUAGGCCAGCCGGUGGCCGGUAACUUCUUCAUCGCGCAGUACGACGACUACGUGCCGGUGGUUCUGGCCAAAUUUCCACCCUCCGACGAUUACUGA